ACAUGGCGCCUCAAAUCGUGCUCGUAACUGGUUGUUCAUCUGGAAUUGGGCUCGCGAUGGUUCAACGUCUCGCCCGAGAUCCCGACCACCGUUUCAUCAUCAUCGCUACCGUGAUCGCGAUGUCGGAGAAGAACGAUCUCGAGGCUGCUGUCAAGGAUUACAUCGACAAGGCAGUUUUCAUCAAGGAGAUGGACAUCACGAAAGACGGAGAUAUUACUAUUGUAGUGGAGAGCGUCAUCAACGAUCACGGUCGAAUCGAUAUUUUGCUUAACAUAGCUGGACUUUCUCUCAUCGGGAUUCCCGAAAACAUCUCUCGGGAGCAGGUUGAUAAGAUCUUCAGUGUGAACGUUAUCGGGACUAUACGACUAACACAGGCCGUCCUGCCUCACAUGAAGGAGAAGCAAUCAGGAAAGAUCAUCACAUUCUCCAGUGUAGCAGGAAGGAUCGGCUUUGCAUAUAUUGAACUGUACUGCGCAUCAAAGUUUGCUGUGGAAGGUUUCUUCGAGUCUCUGGCAGCUGGUGUCCGUGCCUUUAACAUCAGAGUUUGUCUGGUGGAACCUGGGCCGGUGAAGACAGGUCUCUGGGAUUUCACGGUUAAACAAUACACGUCACACUCCAACGACGAUACGAUCCACGCAAUCGAUAGACGCCAGCUCCAGAACAAAGUUCCACGAGUACGUGUGGAACCGGUCUUUGAAGUUGACGACGUUGUCGACAGGGUAAUGUUGAACUGUAUCAACGCUGACGAACCGGCUCUUCGGCUCCUGAUUGCAGACACCAACUUGGCCCAAGCCGCUUCGGAUUUAACAGGAGAAGAUGGACUUCAAAAACUUGGUCUUAAAGAACUCUCAGAAAUUGAAUGAAUAAAAUGGAAGUCCUUAGUGGCGCUUAAUUAGUUUUUUUUUAUAUUAUUAAUAUUCAACAAACAUCCUACCAAACAUACUUAAAAUGCAAUAUAACCAAGCAACAUAUUUCUUUAAUGACUUCUUCUUGACACAUAAGCAAGAGUUAUUUACGUCUUUACUAUCAAAUCAUUAACAACUCGCUUCUUGAUUUCGAACUACAGGGUGGUCCAAGCUAGAGAUGCUCUGGAAAAGUGAAGAGGGAUAUGUCGGCCUUUAUUUCAAGUCGAUAACCUUUCAUUCUCCAUUGUCGACCUUAUUGG